AUGGGGGAGGCGAAGGGAGGGGGCCCGGGGCUCCCUGUGGGAGGGUCCCGCCGAGGCGGUGCCCGUGCGGCGGUGGGGCGGGAGCGAGGUGGGCGAGGCGGUGCCCGCGCCCGCACCGCGGCGGCUGCUGUUCCGCCCGCGGGCGGCCGCGCCCUCGGGCCGCUGCUUCCCGCAGCGCCGGCGGGCGGGAGCUCCUGCAGGAGCGAGCGGCGGGCCCGGCCCCGCCCGGCCGGCCCGGCCCUACCCGGCUGGCCCUGCGGCGGCUCGGGCGGGACCGGGCCGGGAGCGGCCGUGCGGCCCUUCCCCAGCAGGCCGGACGAAGUCCGGGUGCUGCCGCCGCCAGGUGCCGGGGAGCGGCGGGGUCUACUCAGCCAUCAGCUUCACCAUCAGAAUGCACCUGGCCUUGUUUGCCGGUUUCACAUCACUCGGGAGCAGGCUAAGGCAAUUGUGGCUACGUGUCCCUCAUGUAAUCAGCAUGCACUCCCCACCUUAAGUGCGGGAGUGAACCCCAGAGGUCUGAACAGCUGUGAGCUGUGGCAGACUGACGUGACACAUAUCCCCCAAUUCGGCCGAUCUAAAUAUGUGCAUGUGUCUGUGGACACUUUUUCCGGUGCAGUUUUUGCUUCCGUCCACGCAGGGGAGAAAACCUCAGAUGCAAUUAAACACCUCAUCCAGGCUUUCUCCUUCAUGGGCAUCCCAAAAGAAUUAAAAACUGAUAAUGGCCCAGCAUACCAUUCCAGGGAAUUCUGCAGCUUCCUGCAACAAUGGGGAGUGGGACAUAAAACCGGCAUCCCUCAUUCCCCGACAGGCCAAGCUGUAGUGGAGAGGACC